GGCGGGCGAGCGGCGGCGGGAGCGAGGCGGGCAGCGCAUCCAGGCUAGGCCGCGGCGGCGAGCCAGGCCUUCCCCGCUGCCCCGCCAUCAUGUCGUCGGGCCGGGUGAGCAGCGGCGGCGGCGGCGGGGCGGCGGCGGCGGCGGCCAAGGAGAAGCGCUCGUUCAGCAAGCGGCUGCUGUUCCGGGGCCGGGGGCCGGGCGGCGGCGGCGGCGGCGGCAGCGGGGGAGGCUCGGGGGCGCGCUCGCUGGGCGGCUUCAUGAGCCGGGUGCUGCGGACGCUCUCCACCCUCUCGCACCUGGGCUCCGAGCCCCACGGGCCCCACGCAGCCGCCGCCGCCGCCGCCGCCCCCCCGCAGCCCCCAGCCCCCCCCACGCCGCCGCCGCCGCCCCCCACGCCGCCGCCCCCGCCGCUGCUGGCCCCCGGGGUGGGCGGCGUGCCCGGGGUGGCGGGGCUGCGCAACCACGGCAACACCUGCUUCAUGAACGCCGUGCUGCAGUGCCUGAGCAACACAGAGCUCUUCGCCGAGUUCCUGGCCCUGGAGCACUACCGGAGGGUCCCCCCGCCGGCCCGGCAGCAGCAGGAGGAGGAGGAGGAGGAAGCCGAGGAGGAGACCGAGGCCGAGGCGGUGUCCCCCCACGGGGAGGUGACCGAGCAGCUGGCCCAGCUGGUGCGCGCCCUCUGGACCCUGGAGUACACCCCCCAGCACAGCAGGCACUUCAAGACCAUCGUUUCCAAGAACGCCAUGCAGUACCGCGGCAGCUCCCAGCACGACGCUCAAGAGUUCCUGCUCUGGCUGCUGGACAGAGUCCACGAGGACCUCAACAACGUGGUGAAGAACAACGGCAGCCCCCCCCUCAAGCCCCCUUUAGAAGAACCUGUGUUGAUCGAAGGACCAGCGUUUCCAAUCAACAGCUCUUUUGUCCAGGAGCUCUUCCAAGCCCAGUACAGGUCCUCGUUGACGUGUCCUCAUUGCCAGAAGCAGAGCAACACCUUCGAUCCGUUCCUCUGCAUAUCCCUGCCCAUCCCGCUGCCUCACACGCGGCCGCUGUACGUCACUGUGGUGUACCGAGGGAAGUGCUCGCACUGCAUGCGCAUCGGGGUGGCCGUGCCUCUGUCUGGCACAGUGGCUAGGCUGAGAGAAGCCGUCUCCAGAGAAACCAAAAUCCCUACCAAGCAGAUCGUGCUGACUGAGAUGUAUUACGAUGGUUUCCAUCGCUCCUUUUCUGACACGGACGACCUGGACACGGUGCAAGAGAGCGACUGCAUCUUUGCCUUCGAGACUCCGGAGAUCUACCGGCCGGAGGGCGUCCUGAGCCAGAGAGGAAUCCACCUGAACAGUAACCUGAAUCACUUGAAAUACAGUUCUGACCAUCUCAGGACCUCCCCCUAUACUCAGGGGAGGCUGGAGAAUUCCAACACCCGGGGGCCAACCAGCGACAAGAUCGUGGUCUUGGUGUGCAACCGAGCCUGCACCGGGCAGCAGGGAAAGAGGUUUGGCCAGCCCUUUGUGCUGCACUUGGAGAAGACGGUUCCCUGGGAUAUCCUGCAGAAGGAGAUCUUGGAGAAGAUGCAGUAUUACCUCCGGCCCUCGGCCUGCGUCCAGGUCUGCCCCUUCAGCUUGCGAGUGGUCAGUGCCGUGGGCAUCACGUACCUGUUGCCCCAGGAGGAACGACCCCUCUGCCACUUAAUGGUGGAACGGGCUCUGAAGUCCGGCGGCCAAGGCGGAAGCCCUCACGUGAAGCUCGUGGUGGAGUGGGACAAAGAGACGAAGGACUACUUGUUCGGCAACAUAGAGGACGAGUACGUCCCUGACGCGGAGAGCGUCCACCAGCAGAGGGAGCUGCACCACCAGCCACAGUGCUGCACCUUGGCUCAGUGUUUCCAGCUGUAUACCAAAGAGGAACAGCUGGCGCCGGACGACGCCUGGCGCUGCCCCCACUGCAAGCAGCUCCAGCAGGGGAGCAUCACCCUCAGCCUGUGGACCCUGCCCGACGUCCUCAUCAUCCACCUGAAGCGCUUUCGGCAGGAAGGAGACCGGAGAAUGAAGCUUCAGAACAUGGUCCGGUUCCCCCUGACCGGCCUGGACAUGACUCCGCAUGUGGUCAAGCGGAGCCAGAGCAGCUGGAGCCUGCCGUCACACUGGUCCCCGUGGAGGCGCCCCUACGGCCUGGGGAGGGACCCUGAAGACUUCAUCUACGACUUGUACGCUGUGUGCAAUCACCACGGCACCAUGCAGGGGGGGCACUACACAGCCUACUGCAAGAACUCCAUUGACGGCCUGUGGUACUGCUUUGACGACAGCGACGUGCAGCAGCUGGCCGAGAACGAAGUGUGCAAGAACACGGCCUACAUCCUGUUCUAUCAGCGGCGGACGGCCAUUCCUUCCUGGUCAGCCAACAGCUCGGUGGCAGGCUCCACCAGUUCCUCUUUGUGCGAACACUGGGUGAGCCGGCUCCCAGGCAGCAAGCAGCCCAGCAUCGCCUCGGCUGCCUCCUCCAGGCGCACCUCCCUGGCUUCCCUCUCGGAGUCCGUGGAGCUGAUGGGGGAAAGGAGCGAAGACGACGGUGGCUUUUCGACCCGGCCCUUCGUGAGGAGCGUCCAGCGGCAGAGCUUGUCUUCCCGCUCCUCCGUGACCAGCCCCUUAGCGGUGAGCGAGAACGGCAUCCGGCCCUCCUGGUCCUUGUCGGCCAAGCUCCAGAUGCGCUCCAGCUCCCCCUCCCGCUUCCCCGGGGACUCCCCUGUUCACGCCUCGGCUUCCAUCCUGGAGAGGAUCGGGGAGUCUGUGGACGACAAAGUCUCCACCUCCUGCUUUGGCAGCCUGCGCAGCCUUUCCGGUAGCGAGAGCGGCAGCCGCCAGGAGCACCGGACUAUGGGCAGGGCCCCCCUGGCGGUCAUGGAGGGGGUCUUCCGGGACGAGGUGCCCACGCAGAAGCCAAACGUCGGCAAAAUCUCCCUGCCCCCGGACCGGGACUGCCCCGCCCUGGACCCCUUCGACAACAACAACCAGAUCGCCUUUGUGGACCAGAGCGAUUCUGUGGAGAGCUCGCCCGUCAAGGAGAGCCCAGGUUUCGGUGGGCUGGGCCCGACCCCCUCCAAGGCAGACGUCCCCCCACAAAAGGCGGCUGCUCCCAAAGAUGCCGCCGCUGAGGCGGAUAAAAACGUGAGGAAAGGAAGGGCCCUCCUGUCCAGCACGGAUUCCCUGACGUCUCCCCAGUCGGCUCCCUCGCCCCCUCCCUCCAAGAACUUGCCAAAGGUCUCCCGCUCUCGGAGCAAGCUGGAUUCUUGCCGGGCGAGCGGGAGGCACGGCUCCCCCGCCUCGAGGCACAGGCCCAAGGAAGCCGGCUCGAGGGCCCACGACGCAGCCACUGCCUCCGCUCAGCAGAAGCAGAAGCCUCUGUCCUCCUCCUCUUCCUCCGCCGCCCCUCGUUGCAGCUCCUCCGUGCGAGGGCCGGCCCCCACUGGGAAGAGCAGGACUUCCGACCGCAGCCUCAGCAGGGACGGCUCCAAGCUGAGCCUGGUCUCGGAGAAGGGCCCCGUCUCUCGCACCAGCUCCCCGCGGAUCAGCCAGUCCCGCAGUGAGGGGCAGGCGGCGGCGGAGAGCAAGCAUGUGCGCAGCUGCUCCAUGGCCAGCCUGCGGUCGCCGUCGGCCGGCCCUCGCUCCGGCCUGAAGAGGGACAGCAAGUCGGAAGACAAAGGCCUGUCCUUCUUCAAAUCCGCCUUGCGCCAGAAAGAGAGCCGCCGGUCAGCCGACCUGGGCAAGACCACCAUGCUCUCCAAGAAGGCGGCCGCCGGCUCUGCCAAGGCGACCGGCAGAGGUCUGCCAGAAGAGAAGCCGAAGCCGGAGAAGAGCAGCCCCCAGCCCGCCCGGGCUCCCUCCGGCCCCAGCCCUGCCGCCAAGGAGGCCUCUCCGGCCAAGCACUCCCUGCUGCUGGCCCGCAAAUCCAAGUCUUCCCCGGCGGAGGCUGCCCCCCCACCCCCUGGCAAGCAGGCUGCCGACAAGGCCUCGCGCAAGCCCCCCUCCAGCAUGCCCUCCUCUGCACGGCCUGCCUCGAAGUCUCCGUGACGAUCUGCUGCAGCCCGCGGGUUUGGUUCUCUCCUGCCGAGAAGCACAUUUAUUGGAGCCCUCCCGGUCUUGCUUUCCUGUCCAUGUGCCUGACGCGUGUGAGGAAACUGAGUUGCGUUCAAGCGCCUUCUGAUUCCGCCAUCAUACCAAAUAACUGCAGGCAGCCGCUGGCCCCGGGGGCCACCAAAGGAUCCUUCUGCCCCAGCCCCAGGACUUCCGGGGCCCCUGCCCCUUUCCCCCCCAGAGAGCCACGUCGCCCAUUGCAACUGGCCACCGGUGUCAGCGUGGCCAAGCUUCGCCUGGCUCUGUGAGCUGCGGAAGGAAGGAAGGCAGGAAGAGCUGCUCCAGGGGACUGCGGAAGACCUGCGGCUUCAUUUGACUGCCCCUCCCCGCCCCCACCAUACUCCCAUUUCCCAGGCUUCUUAAAGGGCAAUAUCUCAACGCUAAUGUUGUGGUUUCUCAGGUAAACGUUCAGUCAGUACUGGGGGAGACGGGGUGGGGGGGCUGUAGAUGUGUUCUCCCUUGCAGAGGGCCGUGUGCGCAGGUGUCUAUCGGGAAAGGCCUGUGUUUGCUGCUUUCGUUCAUUUACUUUCCUUCUGGUCAGUCCUCCCGGGCUCCCUGUGGCCGUAUCGGUCGGGACCAUCUCCUCCCUCACCUUGAGUGUUUUCCCUGAGCAGCUGAGGGAGGGGCCGCUUAGUGGCUCUGAAGUUCUGCGUUGCACAGCCAGGGGUUUUCUCCAGUCUGGGUUGGCUCUGCUGUGCGGCUGUGAGGAGAAGAGUAGGAGGAGGAGAAACGUUUGAGCUCUGGGGACUUGCCUUCUUGCCACCCUCCCCCGGCCAGUGCCUUCUGCCCGCCCUCCUGCUCUCGCUCAUCUUCUGCUUUUGGCAACAGGCGGCCGCUCCAAGAGGUGCUUUUUUGGGGCCAGCUUUCUAGCAGAGCCCUGGGGGCUCCCCAAGAUGCUCCCGCUGCCCGAAACGGCCACGACUCCCUGCCUCUGGAAUUUUGUGCCCAAGGGAUCUUUGCCCCAGCUGCUGCUUUGUCGUCUCAGUCCUGGGCAGCAGAUGUGCUCCUGCCCUCGGGGAUUCCGCCCUCCUGGGGCACGGAGUUGGCCUCUCCCCUCCAUGCUAGCUGCAACGCCAGGCGGUGAGCCUGCCUUGCUGCCUGUUCUCUCCACACUUUGUUGGGUCUGAUGCCAGCCUGCCUGCCUGCCUGCCUGCUUGCCUGCUUCUUCCUGGGCUGGCGAGCCCCACCUGCCACCAGGGCGCUCCCCGGCCUCCAACAGUGCCUGUCCUGGAAGGGAGGGCGGGCGGGUCUCAGCCAUAUGCUCUGGGCGCUGGUGGUGCUGGCCACCUGAGCUGCUGUUUGGAGCCUGAUGGGAGCGUUUCUGGUGGUUGAGCUGCAGAAGACCAGAGUCUCGGCUGCUCUUGGUUCCUCCUCUGUCCUCGCAGGCUGCCUCCCCGGGGGGUGCACGGAGAAAGUUCUUGGACACCUCUUUGGCGCACAUUUUUGGGUUCCCCAUGAAACCCUCACAUCCAGCUGUUGAAGCUGGGGCCUUCGGAAGCCUCCUGGGACUAAAGGGGUCCUGGUAACAGCUUAAGUGUCAGGCCGGGGCUUGGCCUAGCCCUGGAAGGUCCCCUCCCGCUUGAGGUCUCCAGGUCUGCUGUUCCCUCUGGGCCAGAGAUGGACUCCUUUCUCACCCUGUGCGAGGCUCAGGUGGCCGUCUCCUCCCCCCUCCCCACCCUGUUUCUCCACCUGAAAGCGUGCCAAAGGCCCAGACAGGGGAAGCUGCCCCAGGGGAGGGAGAGACCCCAGCGGUGCCCUUGACUUGUGUGGCGUGGGGGCUGUUGGCUUUUCCACGGGGGAUGGAAGCUGCUGGGUUUGGUACGUCCUGGGAGGAGCUGCUGUUUCCCUCCACCCAACGGUGGGCUUUCCCUCUGGCAUCUCCUCACCCAACGGACCUCAUUCAGGGCUGGGAGGGGAGGGGGUGGUCUUGAGCAGACGCCUGACUCCUGAAGGCCGGCCCCCUGGGCUCUCCAGCCACCUGCCCUUCGCUCUCCCUUUGUUCUUGGCACAGAAACCCUGGGGACAGCCAAAGUCAGCCUAUUCUUUUCAAGAGGGGGGGGGAGCUCUGUGCCCGACCGCCUCCCCAAGCAAAGCUUCAAGGACUCCGCUGCGUCCCCUGGGCUCUCUUUUCUGUGCCCAACAGUCAGUCUGGCCUUUUGCACAGGCAAGAGUUGCGUUCGCAUCCAAACAGGCACUCCCCACCGCGUUGAAGACUGUGUUUGUGGGCGGUGUUAUUUAGGAGGCAAAUCCCAGGAGUUUGCAUCGUAUCUGCCCACCCGCCAGGAAUUUGUGUUCUAGCGGCACCCUGGACCUGACGUUCCUUUCAUUUGUCAGCCAUAGACAGGUCCACAGCAGCCCUUCUGAUCCCCAGGCUGAGCGUUUUGCACCGAGAAAGCUUGCCUGUCUUCUCCUAGAGGGCCAACUGAAGUUUCUUAGCAAGCUGAGGCUCUAGCAGUUCUUUCUGAGUCCCAGGCACACUGGAGCCAUCUUCCAUUGACUCUUUCCUGUGUGGCCGUGGUAGCUGAAGGUAGCUGAACAGGACCGGCUGCCCCCAGACACUGAAGACUGCUUGCAUGGCCUUGAUCUCUCCUCUCCCCCCCCCUUCCCCCCACGUCCUCUUAACUAUGCAAACUGCUCUCCGAGUAGACCAGGCCUCCCUGUAGCUGCUGCCUGAGGCGGCCGGGGUGGGGCUGGAGUGCUCAGCCCUUCCGAAAAAGCCGAUGGGCCCAGUUCUUGGCUUCUGUUUUGCACUCCGAGUUCUUUUCCUUGAUUCCUGUCUUUGUUUGCUGGUUUCCGGGUUGAGGGCUAAAAUGACAGGAGGUGUAUUGAAGAGGGACGGCAAUUGCGUAUGUGUGUUUUUGUUGCUUUGUGUCUGAGCAAAAACAGCUUGAGUUGGCCAGCUUUGGUUAAGUUCUGGUUGGAAGGAAAGCUGGUCGCAGGGCCCAGGACGGUCAGGAUCCCCCCUCUCCAGAGCUGGGUGUGGCAGCCCUUGCAAGUUGGAACCAGACCCUGCCUCGCCCGCUCCCGCUUUGCCCAAGACGAGGUCGACAUGAAAGCCCUUCCGUGAAACUCCUUCUUGGCUCCCCGCCAUUGAAGCCCCUCCCCUGCCGUGUCUGUGGCCGGUGCUUGAAAGCCUCUUCUAACACUCGAUAGUUCCUCAACCCUGCUAAUCUGUAGCCCUCCUGUGGAGGAUUUUGCUGAAGGAGCUAAGCCUGCCUGCUCAGCUGUCAAGGCCAACCUGAGUAGAAAGUUUGGUGGUGAGAUAAAAGCCUGGUGUGUUGGGGUCUUCUCCUCCUAAGUGUAAAAAAAUAUAUCCAUCAGUGUUGGAAGACGGGUUUGGCAAAAUGGCAGCACGUCAUUGAGCUUGCUUAAGCUGUUAUAAGCGUGGCAAACGCCUGCUUCCAGCUCUUUUGAUGUUGUGAGUUUGAGUUCCUCUUCAUGCCCCAGACCCAUCCCCACUGGCAGGGGGAUUGUUGGAGCUGCCCCAACAGGUAGUUUGGAGUUCUGGCUGACUUCACACACGGCACCUCCUCCCAGAGUCCCCAGAACCCCAGGAAGUCUUCAGAGCGUUCGUUCUGGAGGUGGCCGAUGAAGGAGGCCUCACCUGUGGUUGAAACCGAGUUUCCAAUCCUGUUCCUAAAACACUGGAAUUGCUCCUCUGUGUGAGGAGCUGCAGCUGAUGUUACUGGAUGCUUCGUGUUGUCCGUUCGGCCCCACCGCCUGCCCCCCCCCCCCCCGUUCCCCAGCACCAUUUGGUACUGCUGUCAAGAGUUUUAAAAUUGGGGGGUGGGGGGAGAUCUCCACACUGCUCUGGGAAGGGCGGCGGCAUUUCUCUUGGGGCUGAACUGUUGUACCAUAAAAGGAUUUUAACUUAUUUGAAGGCAAGCGCAUGAGACUGUCAAGGCCUUUUAUUUAUUUGUAUGCACUUUUAAUAUGCAGAAUUUAUAUUUUUAUGUUUCAAAAAUCAUUUCCUUUCCGAAAGAGAGUUUGGAUACAAAGGGGUAUUGGAUGAUUAAAAGUGGAAAAUGUAAUAAA